CCAUGGGCGUCACUGGCGGCUCCGCCCCUCCCAUCGGGAUGCGGGCGCCACUGGCGCCAUCUUACUCGGCCGCGGGAGGGGUCACAGGUCAGUGCUGGAGCCUCACCGCCGCCAGUGAAGGAAGACAAAGUGGGUGAUCGUACGACAGGCGGUGGCCUUCCUGUCCCGACGGGUGGCUUUUACUCAGGCAGCCCAAGGUUCCCAAAGAGGAAAAUGGAUUCUGGAACUCGCCCAGUUGGUAGCAGCCCUGCAGGGCUCUCACGGGAAUACAAACUAGUGAUGCUGGGUGCUGGUGGUGUGGGGAAGAGUGCCAUGACCAUGCAGUUCAUCAGCCACCGAUUCCCAGAAGAUCAUGACCCCACCAUUGAAGAUGCUUAUAAGAUCCGGAUCCGUAUUGAUGAUGAGCCUGCCAAUCUGGACAUUUUGGAUACAGCUGGACAGGCAGAGUUUACAGCUAUGCGGGACCAGUAUAUGAGGGCAGGAGAAGGGUUUAUCAUCUGUUAUUCUAUCACUGAUCGUCGAAGUUUCCAUGAAGUUCGUGAGUUUAAACAGCUUAUUUAUCGAGUUCGACGUACUGAUGAUACACCUGUGGUUCUUGUGGGAAACAAGUCUGACUUAAAAGAGCUAAGACAGGUCACCAAGGAAGAAGGAUUGGCUUUGGCCCGAGAAUUCAGCUGUCCCUUUUUUGAGACAUCUGCUGCAUAUCGCUACUACAUUGAUGAUGUUUUCCAUGCCCUUGUCCGUGAGAUACGUAGAAAAGAAAAGGAGGCAGUACUGGCCAUAGAGAAAAAAUCUAAGCCCAAAAACAGUGUAUGGAAGAGGCUAAAAUCACCAUUCCGGAAGAAGAAAGAUUCAGUAACUUGAAGCGAAGAUGUGAAGUGUUUAUCUGUGAACUGCAAUGCCUAAUCAAAGCAGUCCAGUAACCUGCAGUAGUGAGCAUGGUGCUUGCUCUUUCUCCUGUUAUGACCAUUAUUUUAAAAGUAACUGAUAAGAGGGACAUGCCUACUAGGAGUUUUUAAUGAUGUGGCAUUUAAAAUAUUGUCUCAAUUAAUUUUGACUUAUUAGCCUGGCGGAGCACUAUCUUCUUUUAAAUUGUCACAUUUGAAUUUGGUCUACCAAUGUUUUGGUUUCUGUUGCUGAUAUUAUUGUAAAUUGUUUGUACCCAGGAGAA